GUAGAUCCGUCCCUGACGUAUCUGUUUUGUUGUCUGACUUUUCUUUCUUUCCUCUUUCUUCCUUCCUUCACUGCACUGACUUGCUCACUUGCGAAUACGAUCGAUCGCGAGUAGGUGUCUUAGUAGUUGUGCGGUAGUUUGCGGUCGGUGGGGUUUCAAAAAUGGCUCUUUUCAGGAUUACAUCAACAAAAUUAUUAGAUGUACAGAAAGCAUGCCCAACAGCUUCGAUUCUGUUGCGUGGAUUGAGCGCUGAACCAACAAACCUGAAAAGCAUCCUUCAAGAUAAAAUCCCCAAGGAACAGGAGAAGAUCCGAGAGUUCCGAAAGAAGCAUGGCGCUACCAAAGUUGGAGAGGUCACCGUUGACAUGAUGUACGGCGGUAUGCGUGGCAUCAAAGGUCUGGUAUGGGAAACUUCAGUGCUGGACCCCGAUGAGGGUAUCAGAUUCAGAGGCCUCUCCAUUCCCGAGUGCCAACAGCAACUGCCUAAAGCCAAAGGCGGCGAGGAGCCCCUCCCCGAAGGUCUGUUCUGGUUGCUGGUGACUGGAGACAUACCCACCGAAGCUCAAGUAAAAGCUCUGUCCAAGGAAUGGGCACAGAGAGCUGAACUGCCCGCGCACGUCGUGACUAUGUUGAACAACAUGCCCAGCAAGUUGCAUCCAAUGUCGCAGUUCUCUGCUGCGGUCACUGCCCUCAACAGCGAGUCCCAAUUCGCCAAGGCCUACUCUGAUGGUGUACACAAGUCCAAAUACUGGGAGUACGUCUACGAGGAUUCCAUGAACCUGAUCGCUAAGCUGCCCGUGAUCGCGGCCACCAUAUACCGCAACACUUACCGCGACGGGAAGGGUAUCGGCGCCAUCGACGACAACCGUGAUUGGUCCGCCAACUACUGCACCAUGCUCGGAUUUGACGACGCGCAGUUCACCGAGCUGAUGCGUCUAUACCUCACCAUCCACAGUGACCACGAGGGCGGUAACGUUUCUGCCCACACUACGCACUUGGUCGGAUCUGCGCUAAGCGACCCCUACUUGUCGUUCGCGGCCGGCCUUAAUGGCCUCGCUGGACCUCUUCACGGAUUGGCUAACCAAGAGGUGCUUGUAUGGUUGGAGAAGUUGCGUAAACAAGUGGGCGACAACUUCACAGAAGAAGGACUGAAGGAGUUCAUCUGGAAGACACUGAAGUCCGGACAAGUCGUGCCCGGUUACGGACACGCUGUACUCAGGAAGACUGACCCUCGGUACACAUGUCAGCGAGAGUUUGCUCUCAAGCACCUGCCCAACGACCCGUUGUUCAAGCUGGUAGCGGCUGUGUACAAGGUGGUGCCCCCAAUCCUCACUGAGCUUGGCAAGGUCAAGAACCCCUGGCCCAACGUAGACUCCCACUCCGGUGUGCUCUUACAGUAUUACGGCCUGAAGGAAAUGAACUACUACACUGUAAUGUUCGGAGUGUCCCGCGCGCUGGGUGUUCUCGCUCAGCUGAUCUGGUCGCGCGCGCUCGGUCUCCCCAUCGAACGGCCCAAGUCCCUCAGCACUGAUAUGCUCAUCAAACAGCUCGGCAAGUAAGCCCUGACCAAAAUAGCGACUACAAAUCAAUCGGGACUUCGGAUAGGACCAUAGAGGUAUAAGAAUAAAGUAGGGGAGAUAUAGACCCUACUAUGAGAUGAGACCGCUAGCUUUCUCUCUAAUCGCGCAUGCGCAUUGGCAACCGUAAGCAUCUUACUAUAUCGACGUGAUGCCAUUGAAUGCCAUGCGUCACAAGAGAGAGAUAGCUAGCGGUCUCUCAUCUUCUUUCUCUUUCUACUAGACGGACACUUUUAGAGCCGCCUUCCCCACACUAUUCUUAUACCUCUAUGGAUAGGACACGUUCCAUUCUAGUAGUUCCCCUAAAUUAAUCAGUUUGUUUCACACACAACGCUAAUAGUCAAUUACUUACUGUAAGAAUUACCGUGUUUGUAAGCGAUGUACCUACGUACUACACUUUUUCUAUUGUAUUUUUUUUGUUGUUAUAUGAUGUUAAGCUUAAGCGAUGCAUUUUGUGAUUACAUUGUUUUUAUGAUAGGUGAAUUUGGCACAGUUUACUCUGUUGUAAACUUUUUGUUUCUUAAACACCUUUACUUAUUCAUUAACUUCGCAAAUGGUAAGCGAAUCAGUUUAGUUAAAACAUUUUAAUAGGUCUAAUGAAGGGAGCAAAGCAUACUUUUUAAAAGGUUUUACAACGAAAUUAAAGCCAAACUCUUAUGAAAGGGAAAAAAAAUGUGGUAUUAUUACUAAAGUUGCCAAAAAUGCCUUUUUUCUAUUUUUUCAAAAUAUAAUAAAGGAGUGUAUGGUUGUUGCUGUUUGAGCUUUGUUAUCUUUCCC